GGGCAUAGUCUCAAAUCAUGUUCAUAAAGACCCUCCUCAUGACUCGUCAGUGCAAUAACGGCUUAACCAUUAACCUUGUCUAACCCUUGCAAACAUGUCCAUCUCCAUCUCGCCCUCUUUCAUCCACUAUCUCUUCUCAGCUGCUGGCCUUGCCGCGCUCGUAUCCUUGCUAGCGAGGUAUCUCUCACAAUCCCGACCCCAUAAAGAUCCCGUCCCCGCAUUUCUCAAGGACACCACUUCUACAGCACGAGCUUUGCCUGCUUCUUGGUACAGAUCUCCAGAAGUAUACGAGCUUGAACGACGGGCUAUCUUUGCUAAGAAAUGGAUCCUCACAACGCACAAGCUCAGAUUCACAGAGCCAGGCUCGUGGGUCAAGUUUGAGCAAGCAGGCUUCCAGUUCUUUCUUGUUAGGAAUAAACAGGGACAGAUCAAUGGAUUCCACAAUAUCUGUAGACAUCGAGCUUUUCCUAUCAUGACUGAAGAUAAGGGAAAGUCAAGUAUCCUCUCUUGCAAAUACCACGGUUGGUCAUACGGUCUCAAUGGCCAACUUGCAAAAGCUCCGGGAUAUGAUGACAUGAAAGGCUUCGAUAAGACAAAGAACGGUCUUCUGCCUAUCCACGUCCAUGUUGAUGCCAAAGGCUUCAUCUGGGUCAAUCUCGACUCUUCAAAAACGCCCGAGGACUUUUCAACUGAGUUCAAGAACAUCGAUCAAAUGGCAAGACAUGAGGGCUUCAAUUUCGAGGACUAUCACUUUGAUCAUACCUGGGGCAUGAGCGGAGACUACAACUGGAAGACGUUGGCUGAUAACUACAACGAAUGUUAUCACUGCAAGACCGCACAUCCAGAUGCAGCUGACGUUGCAGACCUAUCGGCAUAUCGAGUCGAUACCAAGGGCGGCAACAUUGAGCACUUUGCUAAUACGAAACCCGAGAUGGAGGAACAAGGCCUCAGGAUCGUGAGUAACUACUACUUCCCCAAUGCUUGCAUGACUGUCUCUCCCAACUUCUUCUACAUGAUGCGAUGCGUUCCUACUUCCCCCGGCCACUGCUCCAUGGAAUACGAAGUCUACAGACACAAGAACGCCACCGACGAAGGUUUCCAAACCAUCGACGCGAUGUUCAAGAGGAUCUUGGCUGAGGAUAAAUGGCUCUGCAAUAACGCGCAAAAGAACCUUAACGCCGGCGUUUUUGUGAAUGGUGAGAUGCAUCCUAAGAUGGAGCAGGGACCACUUUACUUUCAGCAUCGCGUUAGAGGUAUUUUGAAUGGGCAUUAUCAGUUGGAGAAGGCAGCUGGAAAGGAAAUCAAUCCAGCGCAGCAUGUCCCUUCUGAUGCUUCUCGAGGGACGGAGAGUGAUAUGGGAUUUUGCUCAGGGUUGGCUUGCGGCAAG